GAGUUGUUAAUAAUGUUCUCGUAAUGUUGAUUUCCUGUUAGCAAUCAAAAUGUCUCAUUCUAAAGAAAAAUGAAUGUUAAAAACCUAUUUCAGGGGUUUAAUCCAAGCAAGCUGCUCGUGUAUGCGUGCCUACUGCUGUUCUCGUUCCUUCUGGCUCUGAAGCUUGACGGAAACAUAGCAUGGAGCUACUGGGGCGUCUUCAUGCCUAUAUGGUUCUGGAAGUUCAUGGCCAUAUGCGGCGCGUCAGUAGGUAGCUAUAUCUGGUGGAGAAAUCCACAAUACAGAUGCCUCGUCAUGCAACAAGCUGAGAACGUGCACCCGGACGGCGGCAAGCCGGCUCUGGAACCCUCGUCUUCAUCCCGCUCGUCUUCGUCAGCAUCAAUCGCAAUCAGCGUCUUGCAUCUGGGGCUUCCGGCACGAACCGGGCGUUCGAGAGUGAGCUGUUCAGUUCCGUACAACAUGCUAUUGCAGUUCAUCUUCAUUCCAUCUGCAUUGGACCGAGAUCAUCGGAUGGAGUUGGGUGGCCAGGUGAUAUUAGAUUCCGCAACGUGGAUCGUGCUGUCGGUGGCUCUCAUCGGCGUGCUGUACGCCGUCCAUCCUCCUGGCGCACUCGUGCUGCUUCAAGUCACCGACAUCAAUCCCGGAGCAGCGGCGCGGCAGCGUCUACUCAGCCGUCCACCUACACGAUGCUCGUCAUUCGCUCCUUGUCUAGCUUGUCGCGGCUCAUCGCACCGGCGCCGGCGCCGCGGUGCGGCCGCGAGGUGGCUGCGGCCGCGGCGCAACCGGCACGGCGGUGGCGGCCAUCCUGGUCACGGGCACCAUAUCCUGCUGUGCAACAAGUUGGACGGAGAGAGCAAGACUCGCUACGUCGUCAUCUGCCUGCCGCUGUACCUGUCUCUCUUCACGCUCAUGGUCAUGUCGUUUGGUUCCAAAGGAGGAAAUCACUGGUGGUUCGGCAUCCGCAAGGACUUCUGCCAGUUCCUGCUCGGCGUCUGCCCACUGCUGCAGGAGUACGGCAACAUCUCGUACACGAUACAGCGCGACGAGCACGGCGAUCGCGCGCCCGAGCACCGCGGCGGCGGCGGUCGAGGACGAGGACGAGGCUCGGCGGGGAUGCAGAAAUCCGACAGCUCGUCGUCGACGAAGGGUCUCAUCGCCGUCGAGCCAGAGUUCCGACCCGUCGUGCCGGUCGUCUCGAUCGAGACGCCGGACUAGAGACGAGACGCCGGACUAGAGACGAGACGCCGGACUAGAGACGAGACGCCGGACUAGAGACGAGACGCCGGACUAGAGACGACGCCUGCGCCGCCGCUAGGUUUGCUGGCCGGGCGUCGCCGUGGAGACCGGCAAGCCGCUGUCGUCACGGAAACCGCUGGUACGCGGACAUUACUAGAGGCCGCGGCGCGAGCUUCUUACCUUCUGUGACGAGUGUACCUCUCCGCUGUGCAAUGUGCACGGGCGAAUAAAGGUGAGAUCCCCAUGCGGCAAUCUAAGGCGUUCUGUGGCGUACUAGACACGCCCUUGUAGCCAUAUAUACGUAAGUGGGGGUAAGUUCGUCACAGGGGGGUAAAGAGCUCACGCUGUGGCUUCUAGCAACGUCUGUGUCCUAGUGGUUUCUGUGACGACAGCGGCUUGCCGGUCUCCGUGGAGACGCUGCGCUAGCAACCCUAGCGGCCUGGCCUGGUGGUUGCCUUGGAGACGCCAGACUAGCAUCGAUGGCAGCCAAGUCGUCUCCAUGGCGACGCCGGACCAGCGCUGGUUGCUGCCCGGCAGUCUCCAUGGAGACGAGUGAGAACGGAUCGUUGAUCGUCAGAGCGGAUCUCGUGAAAAGAGACGAGUUGUCGACUGGGAGAGCGUCAGCCGCUGAUCUGUAUGUAAUAACUGGAUGCCGUGUCGUGGGUGGGUGUGGGAUGUCUCGCCAUAUAGGUCGGACCAAACGCCAAGUUCCUAGCAGGGAUUGGCAAUGAGAAGGAGGGGGCAUUGUUCUAAUGCACAAGGUUGUACAGGUAGGUCCCGUUUUAUGACAGAGUUAGGUUCUAGUAAAACAGCGUCGUAAAAUGAAAAGUUGUGAAACGAAACCAAAUUAUAAUCCAAUUAAAUGCUAUCAUUCCACCCACAAUGCACCAUGAAAAACAAAAGAAGCGCAUAUUGCGUGUUUGGACUCGCAGGCGUUGCUGCAAUGUGUUAUUGAGUUGCGACACUUUUUUUUUGUUAUUUACAAUUUUUUAGGUAAUUUUGAAAACGUCGUUAAUGUGAAAAGUCGUAAAAUGGACCAUCGUAAAACGGGACCUACCUGUAUUAUCAAGCAAUUCGCAGUAAGCACGUUGGUGAUAGGCGCUAUCCAGCAAACAAUCCGGUUAGUACAUAUCGAUCAGUGGCUGGUAGGCAAUAGUGCAGUGUGGUGUACGGGAAUUUUGGAGUAGCAACGCAACUGCUGCAAUGCAAUACUAGUUUGAAAACGGUUGGAAUAUGCGUUUGUCGUGCUGCCGGUCCAUAUACGCAGAUGCGAGGACGAAGGACGGGCCGGAUUAUCGACGUCUUCCCUGAGGUUUUCAUCGGUGACCAAACCACGUGGCAUCAAAGUCCAAAUAUCGAGAUUUCAUUCGGGUUUAAAUGGCUUAUGAGAUUGUAACUUAUCCGCACAGA